AUGACUACCUUAUCGGGAGAGGAGAGGCCUUUCCGAAGGUAUGUGAACAGCUUCAGAGAAAAAAAGAAAAACGUUUUUUUAAGUCUCAACAAUGUAAGAGGGAAAAUCGGGAUGCAGUUCUUAACACAGUUGCAUGUUCAGUUGUAUGGGAGUGGGUCCUAUGUGAAGGACCCCUUUGGAAUGGCAUCAUCACGAAAGGGGGUGGAUAUGCCUGAGGAGAAAAUCAACCUGGGAAACGCCUUCUACACAGGAGAAAUAAUACGAGACACACCAAUCGUUGUUAACCCUUCCGAGGGGAACAAAAGGAAACGUUUACUCUUCCAAGGAACAGCACAUGUCAUGAUGGGAAAAACAAAAAACAUUCUCGAAAUCGUAACGUGCACACAGACAUGCCUGUUGUGCGACAAAAAUGGAAAUGUGGUGAAAAAGGCAAAACAGGGAAGGGACUUAACUUUAGUGUCUUCCAGCCAGUGGGACAAUAACUCACGAUUUGUUUUUUCCUCGUCAAGUGAGAUUUUUUCGGAUCUUUUUUUUCACACAAAUGGGGAAAAUAAAAAAUUCGCUCAGGAGGUAGUUGCGUGGAAUUUUAAAAAGAGCGGCAUCGUCCGGUACGAUAAGUUUAAACUGUACAGAGGGGGAGGAAAAAUAGGCCACGCAGCGGGAGACCUCUCACGGGGAGACCGCUCAGGGGAAGACCUCUCACGGGGAGACCGCAUAGGAGCCACUCCCUUUUUCGCGAACGAUUUGAUCCACCUGUCUAUCGACCUAUACGAACUGAAGAACAACUUCUGGGUCCCCCUCAAACGGAGGGACAUUCAGUACGAACUCGUCAAAAUGGAAAUUCACAGAAGAGAUUUUUUAAACCUGUACAAGAAUGAAGAUAGUCCAACGUACUACAAAAAUUUUGAUUUGCCAAACGAACAUGGUGUGUAUAAAAUAAAAAUAUAUUUCCGCAGAAAAGGAUACAAUGUCUUAAAUUUGCAUUUUUUUUUGCCCGUUCGAUCUUCACUGCAUUAUGAUAAAAACAAAAGAGUGCACUUUUCUUUUUAUCCAUUUUAUACGUACAUUUAUAUGUCUCUUUUUUGUUUUUUUAUUUUCAUUUUGGUCAUUCUGUUUGACGAUUCGGAGGUGCCUGCGGAGGAUCGCGGUGGACGCGGCCACGGCAAGAAGGACAAAAUGGACUAG